AUACACUCAAGGAGACAUAUUCAAGAUGACCAAGGUUCUCCUCACAGGUGGCUCGGGCUUCAUUGCCGCCCACAUUCUAGAACAGCUCCUCUCCAAAAACCACACUGUCAUAACCACCGUCCGCACCGAAGAAAAAGCCCAAAAGAUCCGCUCCGCACACUCCUCCGCCGUCCAGUCCGGCAACCUCGUCGUCGCCAUCGUCCCCGACAUUGCCCUCCCCAACGCCUUCGACACCGUCGUCGCGGAGCACGCUUCCGGCCUGGAGGUGGUCCUGCAUACGGCCAGCCCCUUCCACUACCGCUGGACGGACGCAGAAAAGGAACUCAUCGAGCCGGCGCUCAACGGCACCCGCGGCAUCCUCGAGGCCAUCCAUCGCGAUGCCCCCUCUGUGAAGCGCGUCGUCGUAACGUCUUCCUUUGCGGCGAUUCUCUCCGAGGAGAGACUCUUUGAUCCGAACACCACGUUUACGGAAGAGUCGUGGAACCCGGAUGGCAUCGCCGACGUCGGACGGUCUCCCCCUACCGCGUACCGCGUGUCCAAGACGGCGGCCGAGCGCCUCGCGUGGGACUUUGUUGCCCAGAAGAAGCCCAACUUCGACCUCGUCACCGUAAACCCGCCAAUCGUGUUCGGCCCCGUGGCGCAUAGCCUCGCAUCCCUUGAUUCAAUCAACACCUCCAACGAGCGCAUCGUCGCUCUUCUCAGAGGCGAAUGGAAGACUCGCAUCGCCGACACGGGCCCCGUCGGUCUGUGGAUCGACGUCCGCGACGCGGCCGCGGCGCACAUCAAGGCCUUUGAGAUCCCCGAGGCUGGGGGACACCGUCUGUUUACCGUCGGCGGCAGGACGUCAAACCGCGAGGUGGCGAGGAUCGUGAGAGACAACUUCCCAGAGUAUGCGGAUCGGUUGCCUGGGCCUGAGGUUCCUGGCGGGGAGCCUGCGGAUGAGAACAAGACUUUCAAGUAUGAUAACCAAAAGACGUAUAAGUUGCUGGGGAUUGAAUGGAUUCCAAUUGAGAAGAGUGUUGUGGACACGGUCAAGUCGUUGAAGGCUUACGGGAUUUAGAUGAGUUUUGAGGGUGCC